CUCACCAGGAGAAAACGCUGGCGCCUCUGCAGGGUCCGGGUCUUCAUCGUGGGCGAUGAGGACAACAUGGAGGCAGGACGCAACGCGAUGAUCUCAUUGCUGAGGAGGUUCCGUCUGGAUUUUGAUGACGUCAUCGUGAUGACAGACAGCGAGAAGCCUCCGCUCGCCAAGAACCUGAGUAGGUUUGAAGACAGUGUCGCCCCCUUCAGGCUGCAUGAUGAACAGCAGCAAGACGUCUCAGUUCAGGAGUUAAGGGCCCCGGGGAAGAUAUCUGACAAGGAGUUUGAGGCCUUCAAACUUAAGUCGGAGAGAAAAGUGCGGCUGAACGAAAUCAUCCGGAGGAAUUCACAACAUGCCGCCCUCGUGCUUCUGAGCCUCCCGGUGCCUCCCAGUGAUUGUCCCAGUGCUCUGUACAUGGCCUGGCUGGACACUCUGACCUGCGGCCUGCACUGUCCCGCAGUCCUGAUACGAGGGAACCAGCAGAACGUCCUCACGUUCAACUGCCAGUAAAGACUGAGUCAGAGCGAUGGACGACUCUCACAGACACGGAAGGUUUGAGAUACGAAGUCACAGCGAUGGGAACAGAGGGAACAGAGAGAACAGAGAGA